CUACCUUCUAUAGCUUCUACUGUCUCCUAAAGGCGUUGUCCUGAAGACUGCUCAAUCCAUUAACAGGCGUCGGGGGACACUGAAGGUCUGACCUGUAGCAAUGGGAUGCUUUGGGACUGUUCUUAACCCUCAUGGUUAAGAGCAGUUAAUUGUUAAAAUUAGCUCACAGGUUUUCGGCGGUCGGACAUGGGCACACAGCAGAAAGACGUUACUAUAAAGUCAGAUGCGCCUGACACCCUGUUGCUGGAGAAGCAUGCCGAUUAUAUUGCCUCCUAUGGCUCAAAGAAAGACGAUUAUGAAUACUGCAUGUCUGAAUACCUGAGAAUGAGCGGCGUCUACUGGGGCCUGACUGUGAUGGACCUCAUGGGACAGCUUCAUCGCAUGAACAGAGAAGAAAUCCUGGUGUUUAUCAAGUCGUGCCAGCAUGAGUGUGGGGGAAUAAGUGCUAGCAUUGGGCACGACCCCCACCUUCUGUACACGCUCAGUGCUGUCCAGAUUCUUACUCUGUAUGACAGUGUUCAUGUUAUCAACGUAGAUAAGGUUGUGGCCUAUGUUCAGAGCCUACAGAAAGAAGAUGGCUCCUUUGCUGGAGACAUUUGGGGAGAAAUUGAUACAAGAUUCUCAUUUUGUGCGGUGGCAACUUUGGCUCUUUUGGGCAAGCUUGAUGCUAUUAAUGUGGAAAAGGCGAUUGAGUUUGUUUUGUCCUGCAUGAACUUUGAUGGUGGAUUUGGGUGCAGACCAGGCUCUGAAUCUCACGCUGGGCAGAUCUAUUGUUGCACAGGAUUCCUGGCCAUAACUAGUCAGUUGCACCAAGUGAACUCCGACCUACUUGGUUGGUGGCUUUGUGAACGGCAGUUGCCCUCAGGCGGACUCAAUGGAAGACCCGAGAAGUUACCAGAUGUGUGCUACUCAUGGUGGGUGUUGGCCUCCCUAAAGAUCAUCGGGAGACUUCACUGGAUUGACAGAGAAAAGCUUCGAAGUUUCAUCUUAGCGUGUCAAGAUGAAGAGACGGGAGGAUUUGCAGACAGACCAGGAGAUAUGGUGGAUCCCUUCCACACCUUAUUUGGCAUUGCUGGCUUGUCUCUUCUGGGAGAAGAGCAGAUCAAGCCUGUUAGCCCUGUCUUCUGCAUGCCGGAAGAAGUGCUUCAGAGGGUGAAUGUCCAGCCUGAACUAGUGAGCUAGUCAGGUGGGAACGAUGCUCUAGUGUGCAAUAUGAAUUGCUGUAUUGGAGUGUUUAUCAAACCUAGACGUGACUUAAUAUUUUGUAUAUCAUAUGCUAAUGAUAAAUUAUAUAAGUAUUGUAAAAUAAAUAUGUUGUAUUUAGAUCUUUAGUCUUCUGAGUCCAGUUUUUGUUAGUCCUGUUUAGAGCUAGUAUUUAACUGAUGCCUCCCCGGGUCCUAUUGUCAUGUAACAAUGAUGGAAAGUGAUUUCUGUUAAUAAAAGUGAUGAGUGAAACUCAUGAUUUAAAUAAAGGUCAAAAUCGAAAAAAAAAAAAA